AUAUAAAAGAAUUGCCUUUGAGCCUAAUACAUUGCUGAAAAAUCCCAUGCGUUCCGCUUGUGUAUAUUGAGUCUAUUGACGCACAUGGGCUCGAUAUUUUUAUUACUGAUAAUCGAUAUUUUGUGAUACGUGUAAAAAACAACAGAUACAAAAGUUGAGCAUCUCUAGAUCGCAGCAAAAUUAAAUCAGGAAAGGGAUUGGAAAUAAAUUAGUGCAAAUUUUGAUGGGCAAUGCUCAAAGAAGGAAUGAAAACGGAAGGGCGCCGAAGAACUUGGAUUGUUUUCCUGUGACAUCCACAUUGAACAAAUCGCAAAUAACAUCAUCGAAUGAGUUGACGGUAUCUCGGCCAUCAAGAGAAUCACAACAGUCCGCAGAAUUCCUUGGAUUCGACGCUGACAGCACAAAUCCCCCGCAGAGAGCCACUGGAAGUUAUCCAAGACCAGUAGCAACCCGGAGCGGGACUAGCAAAACCGCAUCGGUUACGACAGAAAUACCCUUGCGUCAGCUGUCCACGUGUACUUUCGAUACUGGCAGCAGCAGGCGCCUUAAUUGGAGUUCAGUGGUUUGUAAUUCUUUUCGGCACCGUCAAAAACCAAAGUCUAAGAGUUUCACCUCGUCACAGGACUCACGACGUUACAGAACGCAAUGGCAUCGUCCAAAAAAUAAUUCAUUAUUUAGUUCCCACUUCAAAGACUGCAGUCGCAACGAGCAGUUCUUCGUUGAGUGUCUUGUAGCCAAAGGUGCCUUUGGUGUAGUAUUCAAGGUUUUCAAUAGGUGCAAGGACAAUCCUAGCAAUAAAACAAGCUACGCUCUGAAGGUGAUUCCAAAGUCGAAGGUUAUUGCGGAUAACAGUGUGCAGCAGAUCAAGGACGAGGCAGAUAUACAAAAGUUGUGCGGUCAUCAUCCCUUCAUAGUUAAGCAAAUUGAUCUUUGGCAGAAUCGUCACAACCUCCAUAUUUUGUCCGAGUAUGUGCCCAAUGGCGAACUAUUUCACAAAAUUGAUCAGUUCUCUCCUGAUUUAGUACGAUUGUAUAUCGGGGAAAUUGCGCUUGCAAUCGAUUUCCUACACAACGCUGGGAUAAUUUUUAGAGAUAUCAAGCCGGAGAACAUUCUGCUAACGCAAAAAUAUCACAUAAAAUUGACAGAUUUUGGAUUGAGCAAGUGGCUUAAGCUAGGGGCAAGCACACAUACCAUCUGUGGCACAUUCAAAUAUAUGGCGCCUGAAAUUCUGUGCGGUGAACCCUACGGCCAUGCAGUGGAUUGGUGGGCCUUGGGCGUCAUCGUCUGUCAGAUGCUAACAAAAAAGGACCCCAAUGUCAGAAGCUAUCUGCGUUCUCGCGAUGGUAGCAGCCAAAAGGACUGCAUGUCGAAUGCACCGUCUAUUGCUCAGAUUAACGGCUACUUAUUAGAUAAGGAUAGUAAUGACUUUUUGCCAGAGGCUGUCCAAGGCCUUCCAAGCGAGGAGCAGGACGUACUGCGUCGACUUCUCGUUGUGGACCCACGUCAACGCAUACGAAGCGUAAUGGCAUUACAGCGCAUUGCGAUUUUCAAAGGAUACAAAUUGGAAACCAAGCGGCUGAUGAGUAUUUCUCCGUUAGACAUCAUCGUCAAGGAUGGCAUUCGCAUAUAUGAAAGCAGCCAGUAUGAACAAUGUUACAGUGAUCUGGCGGAUAAGCCGUUUUCAAGCUUCUCGUACUUUACUUCAUAAGAAUAAAAUAUAAUUUGUGUGAAAUUUUA